UCAAGUCUUAUUGAGAUCCUUAAAUUGGAUUCAAACAUCUCCUCCAUUACAGAAUUCAGGACUCUAAACUGAGCUCCAUUAAAGAUUCCCGUGCCAUUGACUUGGGUUCCUAAUGAACAUACCUCUUCUUUAACAUAGACCUAACCUUAUAUAUAUAUACUCAUCGUACCAUCUUGAACGGGUGUUAAAACCUUCGGAGACAAAACCCUUUUCAGGAAGCAAAUAAUGUCUUUGAUUUAAAUUAACUGCUGCACUAAUCAAUCCUUUUUAGCUUCUCCAAGUUCAGUUCAACUUGAAGGCUUGGAAGCAAAGAAAGUAUGGAUGAGACGAACGAUAUUGACAGGAUUGAUGAUGUUAUGUUGCCCGGUUUUCGCUUCCAUCCAACGGAUGAAGAGCUCGUCGGAUUCUAUCUCAAGGGGAAGAUUCAGCGGAGAUCUUUGCCCAUUGAGCUUAUAAAGCAAGUUAACAUAUAUAAAUAUGAUCCCUGGGAUCUCCCAAAGCUGGCUAGUACUGGGGAGAAAGAGUGGUAUUUCUACUGUCCAAGGGACAGAAAAUACAGAAACAGUGCGAGGCCUAACCGGGUUACUGGAGCCGGAUUUUGGAAGGCGACUGGAACUGAUAGGCCUAUUUACUCCUCUGAUGGCACCAAAUGUAUUGGGUUGAAGAAGUCCUUGGUGUUUUACAGAGGUAGAGCUGCCAAAGGGAUCAAAACAGACUGGAUGAUGCAUGAGUUUCGCCUUCCUUCUCUUGCAGAUUCAGCACCACCAAAGAAGCCCCUAGACAAAAACAUUCCAGCAAGUGAUGCUUGGGCAAUCUGUAGGAUAUUCAAGAAAGCCAACACUAUGGCUCAGAGAGCCCUGUCUCAUUCUUGGGUCUCAACAUUACCAGAAAUUACAGCCUUAGAUGUACUAAACCAAGGAGCACACUGCACUCAUUUCAGUCCAGAGAAUGUUUCCUGCAGAACCGAAAUCAGUUCAGUCAUGCAGUUAUCUGGAAAUACUGACUUACAACAAGCCAUUAAUCCUUCCUUAUAUAAACCAUCUCUAUUUCCAGACAGCUCCAUGUUUUCUCCAGGGACUACCAAGUGUACAGCUGAUGCCUCUUCCAUGCUACUGAACCCUUCAUUGCUGAGUGAUGUCAGUCAGAGCUCUGAGAAUUUAGACUUUGAAGGGUCACAGCAGCAAGUAAUGGGAUUUUCUAUCAGUGUGCCUCAGGAGAUGCAAGGCAACAUGAUUCCUGGAGAAGAUGAAUCAGGCUCAAGAAGGAACAUAAAUGCAACACACGAUAAUAACCAGUGGGGAAGUAUCAGAUCCAUUGGAUUUCCCUUCAGUUUGCCUUCCAAUUCGCCGGAGGCAUGGAAGCCGAAUUGGCCAUGGGAUUCACCCCCUUGUCCUUGAGAGAUGUCAACCACAUACUACAAAAACAACUGCUACAAUUAAUUGUAAUUAUUUUGCUCGCAAUGUUAUAUGUAU